AUGGAUCCGUGUUACAACCAUACAAGCUCACAAAAAAGGAUGGACCUCCCCCUGCAGCUGCUGGUCGGGUCCUGCCUCACCAUCCUCAUCGUCAUCACUCUCUGCGGUAACAUCAUCGUCUGCCUGGCCGUCACCCUUGACCGCCGGCUCCGCAGCUUGACAAACUGUAUCAUUGUCUCCUUGGCCAUCACUGACCUGUUGCUAGGUCUCCUGGUGCUGCCGUUCUCCGCUUUCUAUGAACUCACCGAAGAGUGGCCCUUUGGCAGCACUUUGUGCAACAUCUACACCAGCCUGGACGUCAUGCUGUGCACGGCUUCCAUCCUCAACCUCCUCAUGAUCAGCCUGGAUCGCUACUUUGCCGUCACCAAGCCGCUCCGCUACAGCCAGCUGGUCACUCCGUCCCGGGUGGCUGUGGGUUUGGUUGUUAUUUGGACUGUUUCACUGAUGGUCUCCUUCCUACCCAUCCACUUGGGCUGGAACACCAACGGGACAGCAGUCCAAAACACAGUCCCCAACUGCAACAACGAGUGCACGCUAGAGGUGAACCCUGUGUACGGGCUAGUGGAUGCCCUGCUCACCUUCUACAUCCCUUUGGUCAUCAUGUGCAUCACCUACUACCGGAUAUUAAAGAUAGCGAGGGAGCAAGCCAAGAGGAUAAACCACACAUGGUGCUGCAGCAGUGACACCCCCAUGCCGCCCAUGGUGAAAGAGCACAAAGCCACUGUGACACUGGCAGUGGUGUUGGGAGCUUUCGUUAUGUGCUGGUUCCCCUAUUUCACAGUGUUCACGUACCGGGGGAUGUGGGGGGACAGUAGGGUGAAAGGCACACUCAUGUCUGUUGUCCUCUGGCUGGGCUAUGCCAACUCAGCCCUGAACCCCAUCCUCUAUGGGACCCUCAACAGGGAUUUCCGAGUGGCAUACCAGCACUUGCUGCGCUGCUGGAGAACUGGGGGCUCCAGGAGCUCCCACUUGCCUCCUCUCCAGAAGGCCCAGUCCAAGGGCAGGAGGUGCAGACAGGAGGGUAAACCCCUGAAACUGGAGAUGAGGAACGGGAAGGGGAUCUUGCUAACGGAUGGAGCCCUCAAGAGGUAA